AUGUCGCGAGUGUCCGUCGUAUCCUCCAGGCGCUAUUCCUCCUCUUCUCUGAGUGAUGAUAGCAGCAGCGAGAUCGUCCAUUCCCGUGACCAAAUCAGGAUAGUCCGGGAGCGCGACCGCUCUCGCAGCCGUGGGCCCCCUUCUCGGGUCUCGUCGCCGCCCCGUCGUCCCCAUUAUAUCCAAACUGUCGUCAGUGAUGUCCGCCAUCGACCCCCUCCGGUUGGCUUCUACGCCUCUCAGCCGGGAACUCCUCACUACAGAGAUGAGCGUAUCGUAGCCGUACGCGAGCGCGAAGGGCGUCACACACCCUCGCCGUCCGUUCCUCCGGCUGCUCCCUCAGCUCCGAGCAUCGUCAUCAAUCAGUCACGCACCCUCAUCCCCCGCUCUCACCGCGAGUCGGAUAUAGAGACUUCAUCUGAUGACGAGGCUUAUGCCCUCAGUCGUCGCCGCAGCCGUAGCCACAGGCGCCACAGCUCCCGUCACAGCCGCCGAAGCAGCACGUCCAGCGACCAUAGCAACUUCGACGACGCCCGGCAAAAGUGGGAGCUGGAGCUCGCUCGUCAAGAGCUCGAGCGUCUCCGCUUCGAGAAUGCUAGGGCCGAGGAGGAGCGUCGCAGGGCCGAGGAGGAGCGUCGGCUGGCCAAAUGGAGCCAAAACGCUCACGAGCUGGCCCGUCUGCGUGCCGAACUCGAGAUGCGCGAAAGGUUGGAGGACGAGGCAUCGCGGAUUGAAAAGAAAAAAGAGUCUCAGGAGCUGACCCGACUUCGGGCUGAGCUUGAGGCGCGUAGGAGGGCUGACGAAGAGGAAUGGCGAAGGGAUAGGUAUAAGGAAGCUCAGGAGUUGGCCCGACUGCGCGCUGAGCUCGAAUUGCGUGAGAAGCUGGAGGAGGAGGCAUUGCGCAAAGACAAGUUCCGGGACAACAGCGAGCUUAUUUCGAUUCGUGCCGAGUUGGAGCGCGUCAAGCAGGACCAGGAGCGCCAGCGCCAACAGAAGGAGCGUGAGGAGCAACAGCUCCUGCUAAAGGACCGCUACGAGCUGGAGCAUAUCCGCCGAUCAGAGUCUGAGCGUCGGCGUGAGGAGCUUCGGAAAGAGGCAGAAGAAGCCCGUCGGGCUAAGGAAGAGCUAGAGCGCAUCAAGGCCGCUGAAGAGGAGCGAAAGCGGCUAGAGAAGCUAAAGGAAGAAGAAGAGGCUCGUCGGGCGAAAGAAGAACUCGAGCGCAUCAGGAAAGCCGAAGAAGCAGAGAGGGAAAGGAAGCGCCGCGAAGAGGAAGAAGCGGCUCGCAAGGCCAAGGAAGAGCUUGAGCGAAUGAGGAAAGCCGAAGAAGAAGCUAAGGAGAGGAAGAGGCGUGAGGAGGAGGAAGAACUCCGUAAGGCCAAAGAGGAGCUCGAGCGUAUCAAGAAGGCCGAGGAAGAGGAACGGAAGAGAAAGCAGGCUGAAGAAGAGGCCAAGCUGCGGGCUGCUUAUGCUGAGUUGGAGCGUAUCAAGGCCGAAGAGAAGAAGAAGGAAGAGGAAGAACGUUUUCGGAGAGAGCUAGAGCUGAAGAAGUGGGAGGAAGAGAGGAAGGCCGAGGAAGAACGCAAGCGUAAAGAAAAGGAGCAAGAGGAGGCCAUCCUCGCAUUCAAAGCCAAGGAACAAGAGAGGAUAGAGAAGGAGAAGGCUGAGGCUGAAGCUCGCGAGAAGGAGCUGCAGCGGCUCAUACAGGAGCGUUUGAUCGCCUCUGGGCUGGACGAAAAGGAUAUCGAGGCGAUUGUGAAGAAUGAGAAAGCCCCCUCAGCUAAGGAGAGGGAAGAGGAAGAGAAGAAAAAGAAGGAGCAGCAGGAAAAGCAGCAGCAGCAGCAACAAUUGGCCCGCCAGACUUAUACGCGCAUCUCGCUCAAGCACAUCGAGAUCGAUACCUUGGCGGCUUUCAACCUAGACUGGGAAUGGGAUUUGGAAAACCCCGGCCAUGUCCUCGUCAAGCGCUGGAUCCCCGACGCCGAACAACGCCUCCUGUUCGAACAUACCCGGACUCUGCGUUCUGGGAAGAAACACUCGCACUCCAGGUCCAAGUCGCGUGAGAUCGUUCUGAAGGUCGACCAUGAUGAUGACGACGACCACCAUCAUCACCAUCACCAUCACCAUGAUAACAAGUACGAGUUUGUUCGGGUGAAGAGGUCGAAGUCGAGAUCGUCGAGGUCAAAGUCUCCCGGUCUGCUGGUGUGGAUGGCUGGUGGCAUGCCUAGUCGGUGA